CUGGGGAAUAAUCCCGCAUAAUAAAUAAGGAAUAUAUCGAGUCUACCUGGCCAAUCUAAUCUAUUAAUCAUUAUGGUCACCGAAAAGUGUCUCAAGAGACAGCGAGUUUCCAAAGCGUGCGAGAAAUGUCGCAUACUCAAGGCAAAGUGCGAUGGACAGCAGCCUGUGUGCGGCCGUUGCACGGGCUAUGGUUUUACCUGCGUGUGGUCCAGGAGUAAGGGUCGCUCGAGUCUGCAGCCAGGGGAUCAGACAACUCUGCGGUCCAUAGUCGCGUCCUACGAGGCCCUGGUCACGAACCUGAAAGAAAGGCUGGACGAGCGCCAGCGGUCAGAGAUAGAGGCCUCGCAUGCCUAUAUCCAAAGCCAUCUUCCUCUGCGACUCUCGUCCAGUACCGAGUCCCAGGCGUCCGAAUCGAGUCUCCCUAUUACCCAUACAUACGUCGGCACUGCCAGCGACACGUACUUCUUCAACACAAUCAAACAUGCCAUGAGCGCAAAUCUGGAAACCUCUAAAUAUCGCACUCCAGGCACAGAGCGGUACGACCAGCCGGAUUCACUGCGAGGGAUCCCCCGAAUCCGUAAGCCGCUGAAGCUGCCCUCUGGCAAGCUGUGCCACCAGUAUCUCGACAUCUUCUUCUCGACUAUUCAUUGCGCAUUCCCAUUUCUCAGCCGAGCCACCGUGGAAGAGCGGCUGGAAAGAAUAUUUGCCGAGGGCGCCAGUGACACAGAUCCAUCCUGGACUGCGCAGUUGAGUAUAUCUCCCCAAAGUUGAUACCUGAUUAUUGCCAACCCUGUCUUCCAAGGCUUCCUCUUCGCUAUCGGCGCUUGUUAUACGUCUCUCACGGAGUCGGCC